AUGGCAGCAACUUUCAUUGUUCACUUUGAAAACGGUUUCAUCUUUAUCAUCAUUUGCCUCUUUUCAUUUCUCUGUUACUAUUUCUUCUUCAAGAAACCAAAUGACUCACAAGGAUGUGAUCUGCCUCCCAGCCCUCCCUCGCUUCCAAUCAUCGGCCAUCUGCACCUUCUCCUCUCUCUUCUAGUCCACAAAUCUUUACAUAAACUCUCCUCCAAGUACGGACCUAUCCUCUAUCUUCGUGUCUUAAUCGUUCCCAUACUCCUUGUCUCCUCUGCCUCAAUAGCCUAUGAGAUCUUUAGGGCGCAAGACAUGAACGUUUCAACUCGCAACCUCCCUACGAACGAAGGGUCUCUUUUCUUUGGAUCUUCCGGCCUCGCUACCGCUCCUUACGGAGAUUACUGGAAAUUCAUAAAAAGCUCAUCACCACAAAGCUCCUCGGACCUCAGGCCCUCGAGAGACAAGGCAACGAAGAAGGAGAGCGUUGAGAUCGCUGAGGAAGCUAUGAAGCUAAUAAGCAACAACAUGUGCAAGAUGCUUAUGGGAAAGAGUGAUCAUGCAGAGAAAGUGAGGGGGUACAACAAGGUGUUGGAGAAGAGUCUUGUGGAAUAUGAGGAGGACCAUAACCAAAGCUGUGAGAUGUUGGACGUACUAUUGGAAGCUUGUCAAGCAGAGUAUAAGAUCACUAGGAACCAUAUCAAGGCUUUGUUCGUGGAUCUUUUCGCUGCAAAUACUGACACGUCAACGAACACUAUACAAUGGACAAUGGCAAAGAUUUUAGAGAGAUUGAGAGAAGAAAUAGAUUCGGUUGUAGAGAAAACAAGGUUGAUUCAGGAAACAGAUCUACCCAACAUUCCGUAUUUGCAAGCUGUCGUCAAGGAAGGACUGAGAUUGCACCCUGAUAGUGAAACUGAACGGAGGCAACGCGACGUUACAGAGAUGGAAGAUACGAGAAGCGGUGAGGAGUUAGCGGUGACACCGAGCUCAGCAAUACCACAAUCAGCAAAUGUACAACGACUUCUCGACGAGGUGGAGUGGUUACGACUAGGUUACGAGAUGGUGGCUCGAAACGAUCGAGCGACGAUGGAGAGAUUCGAUUCGGUGGCGAAGCAGUUCGAUUCAGUUGAGAAGAAGAUUGACAAGAUCGGAACGAAAUCAAACACCAGAUUCGAAUCUUUGGAGAAGCGAAUGUCGACGAUAACAGAAAUUCUAACUUGA